AUGAUGAUGAAGAAACAAUUAAUACUUGGAGUGAUCUUGUUCGCACUCUUCGUAAUUUUCUUGGACACCACACAAGUCGAAGCGGCUAGGCCGUUUCGAGCCGACGAUGAGAUCGGGUUCGUGUUUCAGUUGCUGCAGAGGGCUCCCGUGCCACCGUCAGGUCCAAACGGUUGUACCAACAUCAAUGGUUCUCCGGACCCGCUAACUGGGCCCCUUUGGAGCGACUGGAACAUGAACCGGAUCCCAUCGGCGGCGGUUGGGAAUGGCCUCAUGGCUUCCACUUGCUUGAUAUCUAAGAAAACAACGAAAAAGACGACUAACAUGAUAACGAUCAUAACUUGUCUCUUCAUGUUCGUCUUACACUCUUACUCCUAA